AUGGAGGAGAAAGAGGAACUCUCACAUUCCUGCGAAUCUCACAAACUUUCAUCAAAAUUUGUUUUUCCUGUUUCGUUUGUUUCGCUGCUUAUUUGCCUUACUGCUCUAGUCCGAGUAGAGAUCAUAAACCAGCGAGUUCAUGCUAUUGAAGAUUUGAUAGCGGAAGUACAUGUACAUCAAGCAUCGAAUCAAGAAGCUGCCAAAGGUGGUUUAUACUUAGUCAAGUCUGUUGGUAGUCUUGGAUAUAACCAGAAUACAAAACAUCAAUGGAAGGAAUACACAGACGGUAAAGUGAACACAUUAAUUUUACUACGCUACAAAUUUAGCAUUAUUUUUCGUUGAAAAAUUUCUAGCCAAGAUUUCAUUUAAUCAAAAAAUGAUUAAAUUAAGUUGGAGUCCUUAAUUCAAUAUUUUUUUGAGAAAUUUUGGAUGAUUUUUCGAAUGUUUUUAAUGUGUGGAAAGAACUUAGGGGGAGGGGUGUUUAAAAUUUUCGAAAAAUUGGAAAACAUUGGAUUUGGGGAUUGUUUUAAAACAUGAAGUGAAUAAUUAGUAGACAGUUACCAAAUAGUCCACCACCACAACAAAGUGCCUCUGAUCCAAUUAGCGGGCUAACUGGUUUGUGUGUAUACCUUUUCUACCCUACAUGUAAUUUAUUUCCUUCUCAAAUCAUCAUCAUUUCCUCCCAAAAACAAGGUGAAUGGCCUUCAGAUCAUGAAGCUGAUUGAAAUUGUCAAAGGAGAUUGAGGCUACGAAAAAUAGCUUAACCUGGGGAGUGAAAUGGAAAAAAUUAAACUUCAGAAAAUCGUAAGAAUUUAUUAGGUAAGCUUCGAACUGAUUGUACAUGCAUGGAACGGUCAUCUAGAAAUGUUUAGACUUCCUCAACCUAUAGAAAAUUCUAGGCAGUUUUUGUUUCUCCGAUUCAAUUACCUUCGUUCGUCUCAGCAAGGCGUGCUUGGCAUGCGAUAGCAGGUCUCUUUACGAUUCUGGUCAACAGCCGACAGCCGGAAGAAUUGGUUUACACUGAUCUCGCGUUAAUUCCAGGCUGCAGACGACCAUUAAGUGGUGAUUUUCAAAUGGCUACGGUUACUAUCAAAUUCCAAAACAGUCUCAAUUGGUAUAUUUGACUCACUUCGACCAGUUAUCAAUGCUGAUUAAAUCCGCUGAAAACCCAAGCCAUUUUUAUCAUCUUAGUAGCUUUAGUAAUCAAGCAUGUUCAGCGUGUCUUACCCAAAUUGCACGCUAAGCGUGCUAUAAUUCGCACACUUACCGUGACAUAUGGCACGCUACAAAAAAACAAAAGGUCUAGCAUGUUAAAUUUACCAAAACAAAGGCAAGUGUGUCCGUCUUUGUUUUUUCAAUUUAAUAUGCACAUAUCCGUGAUCUACGUCACGCUAAGAGUGUCGUGCAAGCGUGUCGUGAGCGUGCUUUCACCUUUAGCAUCAAAUUCCUGUGGAGGGUCACAUUUUUACAUGUGUAUGGACAUGACUUGUCUUAUUGUCAAUUCGCGUCAACGUUGCGGUUGGGAUAAAAUGCCAAAGAAUAUAAUUUCAAAAGCAUUUCGACAUUUUUCUAAUAAUGGAAUUCAACAAUGGCGACCGGAGUAUUGUGUACGCAUGUAUUGUUGAUCUCGUUGAUACUCGGAUGAGGCGUCGUGCCCGGGUAAGUAGGGAACUUAAGAACCACGACGAAGUUCACGACGACGACGUCUGUUGACUGGGAAAAGAUUGGAACGAGAACGUCAGUUUCGGCAGGAAAAAGGAAACUUAAGAUGCAGUCGGUAGGUAGGUCGACGACGACGACACUGAAUGUAAACACAAAUGUAAAACUGUGAUGUUCGUUCGCAACAAAGUUUUUUGCAAUGGCGUCUUUUAAAACAAUGGAAGAUCUUAUUAUUUAAGCCGUACGUUUAAUUUCAUUGACGAUGUAGAAUUUUUUUGUGUUGUCUGGCCUUUUCGAGUGGAAAAACACCUGCUUUCCGUAAGAAGAUUAUUCAACUUUCAACCUGAAUGAGAUGAACGAGUGCGACUGUCUGUCAGAGUUUAGAUUUGGAAAAAGAAACAUUCUGAUGUGAUAGCUGUUUUCCAUAUAAAGUUUAUUUCCUCUAUAGUAAUUAAAGCUAUAUGAUUUGCCUUACCUAAAUACGUACAAAUAAAUUUAACACUUACGAGUUCGCUCGCUUGGCCUCCACAGCUGUUGUGUCAUUUUUCGAAGUAAAAACAAUUCACUCGUCGAAUUUUCAAUCAACAUCGCUUGUUAGGAGAAAAAAAGAACGAUACCUGGAUUUACGAGGAUAACAAAAUGCAAAGGACUUCAAAAGUCGUUUAAAACAGUGGAUUUAUACCUGCCGAAGCUUGUGGAUUGCUGGACGACGUGAUUCUACUUUGUUUGGCGUCGUCGAGGACGAAAUUUACUGGUCGCGCUUGCGCAGUACACUGUAACUCACUUCCGGUCGUCGGAUGCCGUGGAUUUCGAGAGAGUUUUUACGCCUGUAUUGCUCCAAUUCUUCCAGAUCAAAGUCAAUUCUAUCUUUUUCCUCGGUGACUGUUUGUAAUUUCUGCUUGGUAAAUUGGAGCUCCUUUUUUAACUCUGCAAUCUCUUUUGAACUUUGUUCCAACAUGGAGUCCAGCUUCUUCCACUUAAGCAUUUCGUCUUUGAGAGUUGUUUCUAAAUGCAUUACCUCCUCUCUUAGGCUAAGAUUCUCCUGUUUCAACGUCGAUAAGGUUUCUUGAAUAUUGGAUAGCAUCCCUUUUAAUUCGGUUAGACUCGUCUCAGGUUCGGAGCUGUCGUGGGAAGGAGAAGAAGGAGAAGCCGUUGCGUUGCUGGAGUCCGCCAUGUUUGGACGUUUCGCGUCGUUCGUUUCGUCUUCUCCAACAGAUCCUCUGGCUCCUCGUUUGUUUUUCCACCGCUUUUCGUCAUUUACACUAGGUUGAUUAUAUUAUCAUGUAAGAUUCUACCUUCAUUUCUCACAGUUCCAGGCACAUUUAGGAAGGGAGCGCUCCGCUUCAAAAUACACGUCCGAACCGUUUGCACUCACGCAUGCUCUCUCUUUGUGCGUGUUUGGCGUCGUCGACGACACCACGACGACAACAAAUUUCCUGGUCGCGCUUGCGCAGUACACUGUAACUCACUUCCGGUCCUCGUCGACAAAGUCGUCGUCGUGGUUCUUAAGUUCCCUAGUAUAUGGAAAAGAUUUAUUGGAUCUAUAAGCGGUAUGGAAACGUUUCAGCGAUCGGCUCGCUUCGGGUCGAAACCGUCGGAGCCAGCUUCCUGUAAAAGUGACAAUAAGUCAAUUCAAUCCAGUAUUUGUUUAAUACGACUAACAAUUAAAUGUAUUUUAUCGGUAGAUAACAUUCAAAGGUUGAGAACCCGUCGUUUGGCUUCUGACAGUCUAGUAGAUCAAAGGCUCACUAUCGAAGUAGUCAAGAGAGAGAUAAACAAGACCUUACUUUCACUGACACCACAAGUAUUUUGUUCAAAGAAUGAAAAAAUAUGUUUGCAUGGUCCGCCCGGAAGGCAGGGUCCUAAAGGAUCACGUGGUCGAAGGGGUCCUCGUGGAGUCACAGGAAGAAAAGGCGCAAGGGGAGAAACAGGGGAUCCAGGGCUACUCGGGAAACAAGGACCUGUUGGUCCACCCGGGCUGAAAGGAGAGCAAGGUGUUAAAGGAGAACCGGGACCUAGGGGAUUGCCUGGUGCGAAGGGAGAACCGGGAGAAUCAAUUUCAUCCCCAGUGGUUACGAUAUCACCUACGAAACUAACUGUCAGGGAGAACCAGAAUGCGGUAUUCCAGUGUUCCGCGACCGGAAAUCCACGACCAACGAUCACGUGGUCACAGGCCCAUGGGUCUGGCCUGUCGGAUAGCCUCCAAUUUGAGCCAAAUGGAAAACUGGUGGUGCGUAAGGUGACUCUUGCAGACUCUGGAAGAUACAUCUGUGCUGCAAGGAGUGCACUUGGUUCGGCAAACAUCUCCGCUAGUCUGCAGUCCAAAACAAAGGCAAGUGUGUCCGUCUUUGUUUUUUCAAUUUAA